CACACACGCCCCUUAAUAAUAUCCAAGAGGCACCACCCCACACACCACCUCUCCCCUACAUAAACCGCCAUACUUCUCUCUCCACCUCCCAAACACCACCACCACCACCACCACCUCUCCACUUUCCGGCAGGCAACAUGUCACCUUUUACAGUCAAGUUCAUCACACCAAAUUCACUUCUCAACCCCACAAACCACCUCAGCUCCACCAAACUCUAUGCAACCCCAUCACAAACCGCCGUACCAGCCCCUCCUCCGGCGGAGAUCGCCGCCGACAGACUGGAACCCAGAGUUGAAAAGAAAGGUGGGUUUUAUGUUCUAAAAGAAAAGUUCCGGCAGGGUAUUAAUCCUCAUGAAAAGGUCAAGAUUGCUAGUGAACCCAUGAAACUGUUCAUGGAAAAUGGGAUUGAAGAUCUUGCAAAGAUCCCAUUUGAAGAGAUUGAUAAAGUUAAGGAUACUAAAGAUGAUGUUGAUGUUAGACUCAAGUGGCUUGGUUUGUUUCAUCGAAGGAAACAUCAAUAUGGUCGAUUUAUGAUGAGGUUGAAGCUUCCAAAUGGUGUAACAACUAGUGCACAAACCAGAUACUUAGCCAGUGUGAUAAAGCAGUAUGGUGAUCUAGGCUGUGCCGAUGUUACCACACGCCAAAACUGGCAAAUUCGAGGUGUUACGCUACCCGAUGCACCCGCGAUUUUUAAGGGUCUAGAUGAAGUUGGGUUAACAAGCCUGCAAAGCGGUAUGGACAAUGUUAGGAACCCGGUUGGGAAUCCGAUUGCAGGGAUUGAUCCAUAUGAAAUAGUGGACACGAGGCCGUAUACGAACUUGUUAUCGCAGUUCAUCACAGCUAAUUCGCGAGGGAAUCCGGAGUUUACCAACUUGCCAAGGAAGUGGAAUGUGUGUGUGAUUGGUUCACAUGAUCUUUUUGAACACCCUCAUAUCAAUGAUCUAGCAUACAUGCCAGCUACUAAGAACGGUAGGUUCGGGUUCAAUUUGUUGGUAGGGGGGUUCUUUAGCCCUAAGCGGUGCGAAGAGGCUAUACCUCUUGACGCGUGGGUCCCAGCCGAAGACGUGAUCCCAUCUUGUGGAGCGAUUCUCGAGACAUAUCGUGAUCUUGGUACUAGAGGGAAUAGGCAAAAGACUAGAAUGAUGUGGUUGAUCGAUGAACUCGGUGUAGAAGGGUUUCGGUCAGAGGUGGUCAAGAGAAUGCCCGAACAAGCGUUGGAGAGAGCAUCGACCGAAGACCUCGUUGACCCAAAAUGGGAAAGAAGGGACUUAUUCGGUGUGCACCCGCAAAAACAAGAAGGUCUUAACUUUGUGGGCAUUCACAUUCCAGUUGGUCGUGUCCAAGCCGAUGACAUGGACGAACUAGCACGGUUAGCCGACGAGUAUGGCUCAGGAGAACUUCGGCUAACCGUGGAACAAAACAUCAUAAUCCCAAACGUGCCAAACUCAAAAGUCAAAGCUUUACUUGACGAGCCACUUUUAAAAGAAAAGUUUCUACCCGAGCCGCCUAUUUUGAUGAAAGGACUAGUAGCAUGUACGGGUAACCAAUUUUGCGGGCAAGCGAUAAUCGAGACAAAAGCUCGUGCACUAAAGGUUACAGAAGAAGUCCAAAGACUUGUUUCAGUAACCCGUCCAGUACGAAUGCACUGGACAGGCUGCCCAAACACGUGCGGGCAGGUACAAGUGGCGGAUAUAGGGUUUAUGGGAUGCAUGACUAGGGAUGAAAAUGGGAAGGUUGUUGAAGGGGCAGAUGUAUUUGUGGGGGGUAGAAUUGGAAGUGACUCACAUUUGGGGGAUAUUUAUAAGAAGGCUGUCCCUUGUAAGGACUUGGUACCUUUAGUAGUGGACAUUUUGGUUGAUAAAUUCGGUGCUAUUCCAAGGGAAAGUGAAGAGGGGGAAGAAUGAAAAGAAUUGUUGGUGCAUGGGUUCAAAGUGUACAUCUAAACUAAACUGAGGGACUGAAACUGAAAGUUGUAAUAAUGCUGAGAGGUAACAUAAGUUAAAUGUUGUUCAAAGGUCACACAUAUAUCUUAAUUUUUGAUUAUUCAAUAGUUAUGUAAUAAUAUGUAUAAAUUGGGGAUCAGUUGAGACUAUACAAGUAUCCCCCAAUUUAACCUUGUGAUUUUAUUUCCUCGUUAAUAAAGUUAAAACUUGUGUAAAAA